AUGACUUCGGAAAACAACACACACAACAUUUUUGAUGAUACUCCAAGUGAAUACUUGAUUAUCUCUAUUCCAAAUGGAAUAUUUCGCUAUUUUUUAAUACCAUUCGUUAUUUUGAUGUAUUCAACUCCAGAUGAGGAAAGAAAAAGUAUAAUCUACCCAAUUUACAAAAUUAUAUACAUUCUCAUCUUGGCGGAUUUUAUAAGUUUAACAUCCACUGUACUUGUUAUUUUGAUGUUUGUGGGUGGUUGUACGGAUUGUGGCCUCCUUUUAGUGCUAUUACGUUUAACUCUUUUUGUGCUUCCUUAUAUAUUUGGUGGAAAUAGUAGCAGCAUGUUAUUCUUUCUGCUCAUCGGUGUUCAAAGAUUGAUAGUUAUACUGGAUUUUGAGAAGUUGGAAAAAUAUGUACAAGGAAAAUAUUUGAAUCGAGCUCUCACUUUGAUUGUUUUCUGGAUGGUUUUAUCAAAUUUGAUUGAUGUUACUGAUUGUCCUAUUGAAAAAUACUGUGCAGUUUAUGCAAUUUUAACUGAUAAUUUUGAUUGUGCAAAAAAACAGGUCGAUAAAAGUGGUAAGAUAAAAUGUUUAUCACUUAUAUAUUCUCAACUAUUCUUUCAGAAUUCCAAGAUUCCAUUCUACACGUCAGCUUGUUGUGAGAUCAUAAUUCCAGUCGUUUCUCUUGCAAUACACAUUACAGGGUGACAACAAAUUAUAGCGACAAAUUAAACUAACUCUGGCGACCGUGGUACUUAACCGAUCUCUAUGAAAUUUUUUUUGGGACUAUUCUGACUAUUCAGGACCACACAGAAAAAAUAUCAAGAGUUCUCGGAAGGUUCCCGAUAUUUUUCCUGACAUUUGAAGAGUUUCGAAAAAUAUUUCCGUACUCGCUAGACACUUUGUACAGCAAAAAUUUUCCCUGGCUGAUAAAUUUCAUAUUUAUUGCUCAAAAUAGUUUUUCUAGAUCAUAAUACACACUUUUUCACAGUUAUAAUAAUUCCUAAUGUUCAAAUGAGUAAUCCACCGCGGUUCAAUUAUCAUGAAUUUUUAGAAUUUUGUGAAUUUUCAAAUCCAGUCAAAAUUAAAAAUUCUCCCAAUAAUAUUUUUUCAACGAUGUUACUGCUUCAAACUGUCCCAAAGAUGUUUAGUGAAGGUUCCUAGAUCACAAAUAUGAUUUUCAAACAGAAAUUUUGAAAAAAAUGCAACUUUUUUAAAAAUCAUAAUUUCUUCAAAUUCAUCAGUUGACUCUGAUAAUCCGUUAAUAACUCUAAUUAAUGAUGAGGAUUCAUGCUCAAAAUUUUUUCAACAAUUUUCGAUAAUAUUGAGACAAUUUACAUUCAUGCAUUCUUAUAAAUCUUGGAAUUUUAUCUCAAUAUUUCAAUUUGUUCGAAAAAUGAAAUUGUGAUACUCGCAAGUGGUGGUUCCAAAUAACCACAUCCAAAAAAGUUCAAAAGUCGGAUACCUGUUAUAAUAUUUGUGUUGAACCCUCCUCAAUACUUACUUUAUCUAAACAAAAAUUUAUAGUUGUAGAAUAUUACGUUCAGAGCUCAAAUAAUUAGCUCUUAAAAUAUCGAAAAUUGAAAAAAUCGUAAAAAAGAGAAAUUUUUAAAACGAUCGCUUUCCAACUUUGUGAAAAUUUUUGUGUUCAUAAACAAGUUAGUAUACUGAUUAGGUGAUAUAAAAUGAUGGUUUUUGAGAAAAGUUGAGCAAUGAAAUCAUGAAAAAUCAUUCCGUGAUUACUGUGUAAACAGUGUAAACUUUUGUCGCUUUAAUUUGUUGUCACCCUGUAUAUUGCUUUAUGCGAUUCACAAGAAUCGUCACAUUCUCUCAGAAACUCGAAGAAAAUCAGAGCUUGCUAUUAUUUAUCAAAACUUACCACUUUUCAUUUACUAUAUUGUCCGAAUAAUCGGAAUAAUUUUGCUUUUUCUGAUCCAAACACCAGAUCCAUACACUCAGUAUAUGAUCCGAUCAUUGAUAUGCCGAAAGGAUACAAAUUUUAAUUUAUUUCCAGUGACAUAUACAAUUUCACAUUGGAAAAGAUUACGAGAUAUGAUGAGUUGUUGUAAAUGUUGUAAAAAUCGAGUUUAUGUUGAAAAUUUAGCAACUACUAUGCCAGAAAAUUAA